ACGAGUGAUUGACUGGUUGUUUAUCACGCUUUAUUUAAAGGCACAAACAGUCAAACACCCCUCAAGCUUUCAAAUAGUUUCAAAGAAGAAUUUUAAGUCACUAUCUAAAGCAAGAUACAACUGAGUAACAGUCUGACAAGAUGUCUGAGAAACCACUUGUGAAAAGCUCUUCUUCUCCAGUCAAUUCUCUGGCCAUGAAGGUCCUAGAGAUUGUGGGCCUCUCCAUCACUACUGCCAUCCUUAUCUCCACUUUCAUCAUUAAUGGGUUUGCUGCUGCUUCUGAUCCUGAAAAGUUUGGAUUCAAGAACCAAACUGGCGAUGUAGCAGACACAUAUUUCACUCAGAUCAACCCCAAUGGAUGGACCUUCUCCAUUUGGGGUGUAAUCUACGCAUGGCAGGCGCUCUGGAUCCUCUAUGGAUGGAGUUUUGUCUUCAGGCCCUCAUUCAAGAAGACCAUCAACCCUCUUGUGUAUUUCUGCUAUGCAGGAGCUAACUGCUGCAACAUCAUAUGGAUAUAUCUCUGGGGUAAUCUCUACCCACAAGCCGCCUUCCCUUUUAUCGUCCUCAUAGCCGUAUCUCUUUGGGCUGCAAUCGCAAUUGAAGUUGGAUACCUUCGCUACCUCAAACCACACGAUGGCACGAGACCUCUUAAAUUUGACUACUAUAUAACACAGUUCCUUGUCGUUAAUGGUCUCGUCAUUUAUGGCACGUGGACUGCAAUCGCAUCUCUCAUCAACUUCGAUGUAGUCAUUAGUUAUUUUGGUAAAGCCACUGAUAUCACAGCCGCUACUGUUGCUCUCUCAAUCCUCACAUUUGAACUGCUACUGUAUUUCGUACUAGAGAACACAGUCCUUGAUAGAUUUGUUCGCUUCAUCUUCAUGGUCUAUCCUGUUGUUAUCUGGGCCUUGUCUGGUGUCUUGUCAAGACAAGCUGAAUAUAAAAACGGAGAUGGAAAGCGUAACUUUAUAUUCACAGCUGUGCUGCUCGGUAUUGCUCUAUUGUUGUUCAUUGUUAGGAUUAUCUUGUGGAUUGUUUUUGCUUUUGUGAGGCCACUCAAGAAAGUACUGGACGUCAAGAAAGUUUGAAACAUUUAGCUAUUAUUAUUAUAUUGUUAUUAUUAUUAUUAUUAUUAUGUGUCGUACCAAUCUUUAAGUGUCAAAUUUUGGUUUUAAAAUUUUAAAAAUUA